UAGGAUUGAUAUCCUUUCCUCAAAAUCAACUUUGACUCCAUUUUCUUCAAAUUAAAUUCAAGCCUCUUCACAUAUAACUCAAGUUUAUUUAACCUCAUUCUUCAGCCUCAAAUACCCUGCUAUUUCCCUCAGCAUAUGUUACUAUCUUAUCCUUUAAAUUAUACUUCAGUGCUCCAUAAAACCUUUUGUGGAUUCCAAUAGCUAUGCAUAAUACCUCCUACCCAUGAAGUCUUCUAGGCUAUUAAAUCCAAGACUGUCCAGGCAUUGUAUAUCCAUCAUGUUAAUCCGCCCUUUCUGUAAUCGUACCUUUUGAAGCAGAUAUUAUCCUGUUUCAUAGAUGAGGAAACUGAAGUUCAAUGGUGGAUAGUUGGAGUCUAUUGCUUUUGGCUUUUGUAAAAUUGUACUCCCAGUAUCCCUAUUGCAUGACGACAACUCCGUUUUGGUUUGUCCCUUUGACUUUUCCAUUUUCACCUAAUAUCAUCACUAUUAGUUUCUAAAGUAGAAAAUCCAGAAUCAAAGGUAGGUUUUCAUGUUGUUUGAAAGGCUUUUUGAUCUUUAAGUAUGACUAACCACAGUGAGCAGAUCUGUGCACACAGCAGGUCAUUGAAUGCAUGCUGGAUUAAAAAUGAAUGUGUAAGGUACAUAAAUGUAUGAAAACCUUGUAGCAAAUUAAAAUUUAAUUCUGUAUAGAAAAGGAAUACAUAGAACCAAUUUUUAGCCCAAAUUUAAUUUACUUUUAUUAAAAUACCCAGAAGAUAGGAGAAGAGCAUUCUUUACUCUGACAGGUAUUUAUGGUAAACGAGCAUAGGAAUCACAUAUAGUUUCAAGCCCUGCUGGAUUCAUUAUAUUCCUCACACUUCUGCAUACACAACAGCUAGUUCUUGGCUCAGUGUUUGAUAACUCAUGCAGAAAGUAGGAGUGUAGAACCACAUAGCAUAGCUUAUAAGUUAAAAGUAGAUUCUCUAGGGAAAGGCUAUAUCUGCAUUUGAAUUUUGUUUUCGUAGAUGGUGUCCUGAACAGAGGGCUGAUAUUCAAAGCUAACAAACUGUAGAUACUUGAUCAGAAUCUGGGAAUAUAGUUCAAACCAUAAACCCUCAUGGUCCUCUAGGCUUGGUCUACCUGGGCUUAUUGUACUAAUUUAGCAACAUUCAGUUGGGACCCAUCUUUAGUCCUUAUCUUAUCUAUAAAUGUUGAUUUUACUAAGACUACUUUUCACAUCACGUUUACAGAAUACUUGACAGAAACAAGGUAGGGGGGAAUUUAUUUUGGUUCAUGUUUUUUAAGGGUAUAGUCUUUCUUAGCAAAGAAGGCAUGGAGGCUGGGUCGGCUCUUUCUAUAGCAGCAGGAGCAUGGAGAGCUUGGGCUGUCAUUAGAAGUGUGUUUAAAUUUUCAGGGUCUGCCUCUAGUGACCUGCAUCCUCCAUCUAGGUCUAAUGUCCUAAAGGCUCCAUAAACUCCUUAAGACUGCACCAGGAACUGAGAUCAAGUUUUAAAACACAUGAACCUGUGUGUGGCAUACCAUAUUCAAACCAUUACAACCAGUGACUAACAAUUCUUUCUCCACUGAGACCAGAACUAGCAAAAAUUGAUUAUUGUUCUUUGGAAGAAAACAAGAUCAACGUAAAAAAUGAAUCUUGUCAGAGAGGAGAUUAAAAUCUCCUUCCUCAGGGUUCUUUAAGACCAUCUGUUUUUAUGACAGCAUUCUGUAAGUUCAGUAUAAGUGAGCCUGUAUUAAUAAUAUGGUUUGAUGGUUCUGAGGUCUAAAGGCCUGUUUCUGUAAUUUAUUCAUUGUUAUUGGCUGAAAAACAAGUUUAAUUCACUGAACCUCAGUUUUCUCAUCUUUAAAAUAUGGGCAAUGGUGAAACACAGCUUAUUUAGUACAGAUUGUGCAAUAUGGUAGGUGAGAAAACCAUUUGUGAACAGAAAAUCACAAAGUAUUUGAAAUACAUUAUAGAAGGUCUGCUGGAGAUUUCCAAACUGAGAUUUUCCUGUGCCUGGCUUUCUGUGGAGAACAUAGAGGUUAGAGUCCUGAGCAAAGAACUAUGUCUUAGAUAGGGCCUAGGGGAUUAAUAUCCUUUAACCAAGUCAAAAGUACAGUGUAUAUUCAUAUGCAUGUGUUCAUAUGUGCGUGAUGUUCUGCAUAUUCAUUUUUUGGCUGGACUGAGCAUCCAUUCUCUGGACAAUGUAUUAUAUGACAGGUCUAUUGGACAAGAUAAAUAAUCUACAAACGAAAGUUUCUGUUAUCUUUGAAAUGUUUUAUCUUUGGUCUUAUGGAACUAUGAUUUCCUUAGGCAGACAUUUCUUCUUCAAAUAGGCUCAUGGAAAAACUUAUUUAUAAAUGACACAUUCAGUAAUUCAGUAUGGAGAGAGUGUUUAAGUCUUUUUGCUAGGCAGGCCAUAUGUUCUCCAAUUCUAAAAUGUGCCUCUACAAAUGCUGGGAAGACAAGUAGUUAGAAGGUGGAAGAGUUCCUGGUAAAAAUGAAUAUAUAACAGUGGUCAGUAGCUAGAGAGAGGCAGUCUAUCUCCUACUCCUUCCUUAUCUAUGUGUUUAAAUGGGUACCAUGACGAUAUGUGUUAUUUGUUCAUGUGCAUGUGGUAAUGAAAUAAAUGUUUGCUUUCUGUUGUGUAGAGCCCAGUCCUAUUUCUACAAAAUUUGGUGACCCAGGUUAAAGUCAAGGACUAUGCAUACCCUCUGCCUUACUGAGGGAUCUUUAGUUUGUGGCCUCAUUUCUUCAUUAUCAGUUUUAUUUUUUAAUCUACCAAAUGAAGCCAACACAGAUUCCCUAGUUAUGAUACAGGCCAGUUGAAUAAAUUUUUUAUGCACCUAAGCCAGGAUUGAGUUUAUCAUUCACAGCACAUCAUAGGAAGCCAUACUUUUCCAUACUCAUGAUCUAGUUAAGUGGAAUCAAGCAUGGAUGAGGGAAGGAACCAUAGGACUGGGGUCUAUCAUAUUUGAAGAAUGCCAUACUCUCUUAUGACUUGGGAAGGCAUAAGGCAUAUAGCAGAGUUGAAUAAUGUACUACCAAUCCUCAGUUGGUCAGUUUCAAGAAGGAGAGGAGAAGGAGAGGAACAUGAAGAAUGGAAAACAAAUACGCCUGCAUUUCAUUUCCAUCAUCGAUACUAGCCUUUCUACUUUACAGAUCCAGGGCUGCUUUAAAGCACCAAGGAGAGAUAGAAGAGAGCUUUGUUUAUUUGUUUGUUUUCAUUUUGGGAAGAGGAGUUCAUGAAAAUAGAUGAAAGCAUGAUGCUUUGUUCAUAUUCACAUGUUGGAUUAUUCCAUGCACUGGCUAAUAUAGAAAUGAAAGCAUUGUUUGUCUCGUAGUCUGAUACAGCUUGCAUGUUGGUGUCAUUUCCCCUUACUGCCACAUCUUACCACUGGAACAUCUGAUCACUGGAGAUUCCAUCGUUAGUGCUGAGGCAGUAUGGGAUCACGUCACCAUGGCCAACCGGGAGUUGGCAUUUAAAGCUGGCGACGUCAUCAAAGUCUUGGAUGCUUCCAACAAGGAUUGGUGGUGGGGCCAGAUCGACGAUGAGGAGGGAUGGUUUCCUGCCAGCUUUGUGAGGCUCUGGGUGAACCAGGAGGAUGGGGUGGAGGAAGGGCCCAGUGAUGUGCAGAAUGGGCACCUGGACCCCAACUCAGACUGCCUUUGUCUGGGCCGGCCACUACAGAACCGGGACCAGAUGCGGGCCAAUGUCAUCAAUGAGAUCAUGAGCACCGAGCGUCAUUACAUCAAGCACCUCAAGGAUAUUUGUGAGGGCUACCUGAAGCAGUGCCGGAAGAGAAGGGACAUGUUCAGUGAUGAGCAACUGAAGGUCAUCUUUGGGAACAUUGAAGACAUCUACAGAUUUCAGAUGGGCUUUGUGAGAGACCUGGAGAAGCAGUACAACAAUGAUGACCCCCACCUCAGCGAGAUAGGACCCUGCUUCCUAGAGCAUCAAGAUGGAUUCUGGAUAUACUCUGAAUAUUGUAACAACCACCUGGAUGCCUGCAUGGAACUCUCCAAGCUGAUGAAGGACAGCCGCUAUCAACACUUUUUUGAGGCCUGCCGACUCUUGCAGCAGAUGAUUGACAUCGCUAUCGAUGGUUUUCUUUUGACUCCAGUACAGAAGAUCUGCAAAUAUCCCUUACAGUUAGCUGAGCUCCUGAAGUAUACUGCCCAAGACCACAGUGAUUAUAGAUAUGUUGCAGCUGCUUUGGCUGUCAUGAGAAAUGUGACUCAGCAGAUCAAUGAACGCAAGCGACGUCUGGAGAAUAUUGACAAGAUCGCGCAAUGGCAGGCCUCUGUCCUGGACUGGGAGGGAGAGGACAUCUUAGACAGGAGCUCGGAGCUGAUCUACACUGGAGAGAUGGCCUGGAUCUAUCAGCCCUAUGGCCGCAACCAGCAGAGAGUCUUCUUCCUAUUCGACCACCAAAUGGUCCUCUGCAAGAAGGACCUAAUCCGGAGAGACAUCCUAUACUACAAAGGGCGCAUUGACAUGGAUAAAUAUGAGGUAAUUGACAUUGAAGAUGGCAGAGAUGAUGACUUUAAUGUCAGCAUGAAAAAUGCUUUCAAGCUUCAUAACAAGGAAACAGAAGAAGUUCAUCUGUUCUUUGCCAAGAAACUGGAGGAGAAAAUACGUUGGCUCAGAGCUUUCAGAGAAGAGAGGAAAAUGGUACAGGAAGAUGAAAAAAUUGGCUUUGAGAUUUCUGAAAACCAGAAGAGACAGGCUGCAAUGACUGUGAGAAAAGCCUCUAAACAGAAAGGUGUCAACUCUGCCCGCUCAGUUCCUCCUUCCUACCCACCACCACAGGACCCGUUAAACCAGGGCCAGUACCUGGUCCCCGAUGGCAUCGCUCAGUCUCAAGUCUUUGAGUUCACUGAACCGAAACGCAGCCAGUCACCAUUCUGGCAAAACUUCAGUAGGUUAACCCCCUUCAAAAAAUAAUACCUAUAGGAAGGCAGAUAAUUUUAAAAUAAAUAAAAUUAUAUUUAUAGAUGGACCUUUU